UGUGUUGGGAAAACACCGGAACAGAAUCAAAUAUUUCUGAUUUUUUGCCGAAAAGAUGUAAAAGAUAUGAGAUCAAGGAAGCAUGAAUCCUGACAACCCAGAAAUUUCACUUUCAGAUGAAGAAAGGAUACAACUGAAUGAGUUUGAUAGUCGAGAUUUUGGAUUUGUAAAGUUGAAUCUUCCAGAAGAAGCAACUAAAAGAGCAGUUGUAGAAAAGGGUAUAAAGUACUAUGAGCAGUUGAUAAGACAGAAAAUCAAGAAAGGAACAGAUACAACUGAGUCUGAUGUAGACCCUAAUGUCUACUGUAGCCUGGGGCACCUGUUGCUUCUUCUAGAGCAGUACCCAAAAGCUCUAUCAGCCUACCAAAGAUUUUACCAUCUACAGCCAGACCACUGGAAGAAUGCCUCGUUCCUGUAUGGUCUUGGAUUGGUGUACUUCCAUUUCAAUGUCUUCCAUCUGGCCACACGAGCAUUUCAACAAGUAUUGUAUACAGAUCCAGGUUUUAGCAGAGCUAAUGAAAUCAGAAUACGGCUUGGUUUGAUGUGUAAAACUUCUACAGAUUAUGAAGUCAGUUUGAAGCAUUUUAAACAAGCACUUACAGACUCAAGCCCUUGUUCUUUGUCCAAAGCACAAAUACAACUACAUAUUGCCCAUUUGUUGGAGGUGCAGGGUAAAAUCAAGCAAGCUAAGGAGGCUUACGAACAGUUCAUCGCUCCAGAAGAUUUAGAUAAAUCGGUGAAAGCUACUGCUUUAAAACAACUAGGUUGGUUAUACCAUACAUCAGAUCAACUAGGAGACAAGAAAUCUAGAGAGGCAUCUGCAGUUCUAUAUCUUAAUAAAUCACUAGAGUGUGAUCCAACUAACGGACAGACCUGGUAUCUUCUAGGAAGGUGUUUUUCUGCCCUAGGAAAAGUACAUGAUGCUUUCGUUUCCUAUCGUAACUCUAUUGACAAAUCAGAAGCUAGUGCUGACACCUGGUGCUCAAUAGGAGUACUCUAUCAGCAACAGAACCAGCCUAUGGACGCUCUGCAAGCCUAUAUUUGUGCUGUACAGCUAGAUAAAUCUCACACUGCAGCAUGGACUGAUCUGGGAAUUCUCUAUGAAACUUGUAAUCAACCUAAGGACGCUUACACAUGUUAUAUAAAUGGUACUAGAAAUAAAGGUGGAGUUAACUCUGCUUUAGCAUCAAAAAUAAAGUUUCUUCAACAACAUUUAGAUAGUGUUCCUAUACAACAUUUACAGAAUAGACCUAAAACCUUGCCCAGUAUAGAAGAAGCGUGGACAUUACCUAUUCCAGCAGAAUUAACAUCAAGACAGGGAGCUGGACCCAUUACACAGCAUCCCUUGGCAAAGGGCCCAAUGAUGCCAGCUCAGCCUCCUCAGUCCAAUAUGCCACAGUCUUCUCUUUCCCCUGGACCCCAGGGACUGAUGCCUCCAGGUCAAAUGUUCGAUGAUAACAAAAAGAAACCUCAAGCCAGAAAAAGGCCCCAUGAUGAUUUCCAUCCACCCUCACCGGUGACCUUCACUAAUGAACAGAUGCAGCUUUUACAGAAUUUACAACAGAAUCGAAUGUCCUUAGAUCCUACUCAACUCAACCUCUUACAUCAACUUCAUACACAGUAUCAAUUGUUUAAAGCAUAUCAAAUGAAAAUGCAACAACUAAAUCAGCAGGACAAUAAUCCUAGUAAAGUUGCUGCUUUAUCAGGGGAACCAGGAGCUCAACGAUAUCCUAAACCAAACAUCUCGGGUGGUCGAGACAUGCUCAAUGGAGUGCCUUCUGUAAAUCAGCAUUCCUCUAGUGACAUCACUCAGGGCAUCAACGUUACGUCCAGGUCUCACACAUCGAGUGGAACUUCAUUGUCAUCUUCAUCAGUUCAUACAUCCUCAACAGAUUCAGAUCUCCCUAAAGACAUUCAAAACUUUGUGUCAGAACACUUACAUGAUAGUGAUAUAUCGACAAUGUUGUCACCGAAACAAGCACUCGCUACCUCCAUCGCAGAGGAUAUUCUCGCUCAAUUCACUGCUGAAUCUAGUCCCUCAUCAAAGUUACAUUCCAAAGUGUCUCAGGAAAUACCUCAAUCAAAGGAGGACAAACAUUGUGAUAAUAGAACUGUGGCCAUUCCAAAGGAAUUACUACCACCGUCUUGUCCGCUGACAAUAUCAAUGAAAGCUUUCGAAAUUUUAGCAGCAACUAAAGGUCAAGGUAAACAUGGAGUAACCAUAAGUAUGAUGGGAGAUGGAAUACCAAGACCCCCUCCUUCACCAUUUCCUCCUUUGCCAAAAGACAGACUCAACCCUCCAACACCCAGUGUUUAUUUAGAUACUAAGAAAGAUGCUUUUUCAUUAGAACUUCAGCAGUAUUGUUACUCCCAACCAGUGGUAGUGAUACGAGGGUUAGCAGGAGCUUUGAAAUUAGAUUUAGGUCUGUUCUCAACAAAAAGUUUGGUAGAAGCUAAUGCAGAUCAUCCUGUAGAAGUUAGAACACAGAGACAACAAGCUCCAGAUGAGAAUCGUGAUACCUAUGGAAACAGACUUUGGCGGUGUGAUAGUAGCCGAGGACUAACAUCAAUAGCUAAAUAUGCUCAGUACCAAGCCUCGUCAUUCCAGGAGUCUCUUAAGGAGGAGCAUGAUAAAUCUAAAGGGAUCCAUCGAGAUUCUGACAGUGACUCAAACUCUUCCACUGGACCUAAAGGAAAGAAGAAAUAUAAGUAUAUAAAGUUUGGUACAAAUGUUGAUCUGUCAGAUGAAAGAAAAUGGAAGCCACAACUGCAGGAAUUGAUGAAAUUACCAGCGUUCUGUCGUGUGGUGUCGGCCAGCAAUCUUCUAAGUCAUGUGGGACAUACAAUAUUGGGUAUGAACACUGUUCAGCUGUAUAUGAAAGUUCCAGGAUCACGAACACCAGGACAUCAAGAAAACAACAACUUUGGUUCCAUAAAUAUAAACAUUGGACCUGGAGAUUGUGAAUGGUUUGGUGUUCCUGAUAAUUAUUGGGGUGUUAUACAAAACAUGUGUGAAAGGAACAAUCUGAAUUAUUUGACUGGUUCUUGGUGGCCUAUAUUAGAAGAUCUGUAUGAAGAGAAUGUUCCAGUGUAUAGGUUUAUCCAGAAGCCUGGUGAUUUAGUAUGGGUUGGAUGUGGUACAGUGCAUUGGGUCCAGGCUGUGGGAUGGUGUAAUAAUAUUGCCUGGAACGUAGGACCUGUAAAUCACAAAGCCUAUCAGAUGGGCAUAGAAAGAUAUGAGUGGAAUAAGUUACAGAAUUAUAAAUCUAUUGUUCCCAUGCAGCAUCUUUCAUGGAAUAUAGCUCGUAAUUUACAAAUCUCAGAACCAACAUUCUUUGAAUUAGUCAAAACUGUGUUGAUGAGAUCUAUGAAACAGAUUCGAUUGACAAUGGAUUUUGUUGAAGCCAUGGGGAAAGACAUCAAAUGGCAAGGUCGAUCUGAUAAUGAGGCUGCUCACUACUGCAAUAACUGUGAUGUUGAAGUGUUUGACGUUUUAUUUGUGAUGGAACAAGAUCGUAAAUAUGUUGUCCAUUGUAUGGACUGUGGGAGGAAAAUAAGUAAUAUAUUGGAAGGUUUUAUCAUCCUCAAUCAGUACAGAUUAGAAGAACUAUGUGAUGUCUAUGAUCGCUUCCAACUCUCAUGUCAUUUACCAACUGCAUCAGUAUGAUAAAUAUCCUAACCUGUCAUGACUGGAACUAUGAGGAGACAUGCUGUUAAUCCUGAUGACAAUGCAGAGAGCCUUCACCACUAUUGUAUAAUAUGUCAAUAUCAGUUCAUUGCUUUCUAUUUUGGGUGAAUUAUCAUUUCAACAGUACAAUUAUUAACUAAAACAUUUUGUCAGCCAUUAUCAAAUUAACUUAUUUUAUUAACCUACUAAUGUUUCUAGUUGUUAAUCUUGAACCGUGGUGGAAUUUGUCCAUAUAGAAUUGACUUAAUUAGAUCUGCUAGUUAAGGAACAAAUAAAUGAUGUCCGAACUAUUCAGCAAGCAUUCCUACAUUAUGAUGUUCACUUACCAUCAUUGUAUAAACACUCGACUAACAAUUCAGAAAGAAAAAUGCCCACUUGUGAAACUUUAUUUUGUAUGAUUUAAGAAUUGACCAGUACUGAAUAUAGGAGUACAACCGAUUAUUUUCAUUAACUACCACCUAGUAUUGUAUAAGGCCAAGUAUAUUUUUAUCCUAUGCAAAUUAUCAAAACAUGGAUCAUCAGAUUAUUUUUAUAGAUCAUCAUUAUACCUCACAAUGUGUUACCAUGGUUACGUAAUGUACGAUCAUAUUUCUGUACAAAUUUCAUACAGAGUGAUUACUUAGAGUACGAGUUGAACGAUUGAUCUGUGGAAUAUCAGCCUAUCCGAUAAUUAAAGGUAAAAAUGCAAUUAAAAUCAAAUAAUUGUCAUAUAACAUAGGAAAGAAAAUAGCAACUGUUUGUUACAAUCUACCAUACUGUUAUUAAUGAAAGAACACAUGUAUGUUGAUCAUAUAACUAAUAUAACAAUUUAAUUAGAAGCAGUUAAUUUAUGCAGGUAAACCAAUUUACUAACAGCUUUAGGAAAGACGGUCCUCUGUUAAAAAACAAUGUCUAUUUAUCAGGUUUUUAUUCGCUUUUGAUGUGUCAGAGUGGUAUCAUAUUUAUCAUGCCCCAUCAUAUUUUUGUGUUGUUAGGCAGGGAACUAUGGGAUGGUUUGAUGGAAUGGAAAAAGACCAUAGAUUUUAUAUUUGAUGAAAACUACUGAAAUGAUAUUAGAAUUGCUAUACUUAGGUUAUAAUACCUUUUUAAUCAAUGUCCUUCUGGCCUGCUUUUAUUAGUCCGCUACUGACAAAAGUUGAAGAUGACUUUAGGAUUUAUUAUUAUCAACAGGAAAUUUCUGUUUUCUAAAUUCCUCUUUACUAUAGAAAUAGAUAUAUUUAUAGAUUAUCAUUGAUCAUCUUAAUGAGAUUGUUUGUCUCGCUUGAGCCGGAGAUGACCAAUGAUAAUCUAUUUAUCGCUAUUUUCCUAUGACAAUAAUGUCAAUAUUUCAUGUCAAUUUCCUUAGCAACACCACAUGCAUCCUUAGUUUCUAGCGAUAAUUUCCCAUCUCGAGCGAGUAGCAUGAUAUGAAAAAUUUUCACAAAAAAAGAUCAAAGGAAAAAUGCACAAAAUAUUGAUAAUAGUUGUAAUUGGCAAUUCUCUCAGGUAUUUAAAGAAUAAGAAUAUUUUUGUUUUCCAUUCCUUACUUUUUGUCUUCCAUUCCACAAACCAUCACAUUUAUAACUUAAUUGAUCUCAAUUUCAUUGUAAUUAUCAUCACAAGAUUUAUAUUCAAAUUUUAUUAUAAUUUAUUUAAAAAAACAUGUAUGAUUAUUAAUUACACUGUGUAUGGCUUAUUUAUUUAUAUUUUAUAAUAAACAACACUUGGUUUAUUUUUCUUGUGGUAAGACCACAAUUGUGUUUAGCUGUGGAGCUUUGGUCAAUUUCUAAAAAUUCAUAGAUAAGGAAUAAAUGUUUUUUGCAAAAAAUGUGCUUUUUUUCUAAAGAUUUUUUUAAUGUUUAUAGAUGUGUGGUAUUCAUAAUUUUAGUGAAAGGUUUUAUACAGUGAACUUUUUUUUAUGAGAGUUAACACUUUUGAUAGUUUGUUUUAAGUCAAUUGUGGGGCUUUAUGAUAACCUGGCUGGUUUGCCAAGGUAGUCUGUUGAUAUUGAACAAUGGAAUUUUUGGAUCAUUAUAAAUGAAACUACAAUCCUUCUCAUAAUAAACCAUGAUGUCAGACUUUUACUCCAGAUUACAAAACUUACAUGUAGAAGUAUAUUUCUCACCCUCUUGUGGUUUACUAUCACACAUGGACUGAUAAUCAAACCUCCAGUUGUUAGAGUUCUUGAUUGAGAUAGUCGGAUGUUUUACCAUCACUAAUAGGUAUUAAACAUUUUGAUAUAUUUAUCUUAGGAUAAUUUUGUAGUGAAGGUGAACAAGAUUUGUGUAAAAUAAAAAAUAAUUGAGAUUAUUAGGGGAUACAAAUAUUUAUAGAACUUUUGAUUUUAGAAUGUUUUAGUUUUGAUAAAGAAAAAGGUAACGUUAUGUUGCUAAAGUUUAUAACACAUGAUGUUAGAAAGGGAGAUAACAAAUCCUACGAUUUAAGAAAUAUACAGGUUUAUUUGUUACACAUUAUAUAAUAAAUCAAAAUAAGAAGGAGGUGUGUUGUUAGUUUGAAAUUUAUUUUUUGUUGAUAUGUAAAUUUAUUGAGAAAGUCAUAGACAGAAUGUAUAUGGUGUAUAUAUGUGUUUUGUAGAUGUUUGAAGUGAGCUAUUUUUAGGAUUGGUGUAAUUGUUAAUGUGCUAAAUAUAGUUGGCUGAGUUAAUAGUAACUUCUCUGGUUUGUUACCUGUGUAUAUUUGUUUCCCCUGUUAAAACUCUGAUUGUGAUCUAUGGUGCUUUUUGUUAUAUAAACAUUUCAUAUGUUAACUUAAUGUUCAAUCUUAUUCCCCAACACUUACAAAUGAAAUUAAAUAUACCUUGCGCAAAAAAAGUGGAAAAGUUUUAAUAUUAAAACGAUUGGCUUAGUUUUACUGCUGUGUCAUAAGCUAGUCAACACUGAGGCUGUCAGCUUGAACCCUGCACAUGGCAGGUGUGUAUAACUUUAAUCUAAAUUGACCAGGAUUGUCCAUAAAUAAAAAGUGACUGCUAUAAAAUAGCCAAAAGUGCUGAAAAUAAUGUUAAAUUCAAAAAAUUCAAAAUAAAAAAUCCAUCAAACGUAGAUUUUUUUUUAAAAUUUGAAUUUAGAAAGAUUUUUGUAAUUUUUACUAAGAGCUUUUGAAUUGAAAAACAAAUCUAUUUCCUUAUAAAUAUUUGAAAUACCUAAAAUUUACCUGAACAAGGAACACAGAUUUCUAUCCCUGUUUUAAACUAUCUAUGAGAGAGGGACCAAAAGGAAGAUUUACAUCUUUUUCCUGCAAAAUUAGUUUUUAACCGUGUGUUUCCAUGACUUUUCCAUUGAUCUAUGUAAAUAUUGUAAUUUUUUUGUUGUUGAUCAGAAUGAAUGGUUGACUUUACUAAACAGUUCAGUUGUUUAUAGUUAUCAUCUGGCUUCAUUGAAAAAAACAGAGGAGUCCAGCAAACCAUUUACUGUUUACUUGGAGAAAAUAAUUUGCUGUUUCCAUGGAAAUUCUCAAAUAAAAUUGUUUCUUUAUUUUAUACUAUUAUAGUUAAAAAAUUGUGGAGUACAUAUUAUAAAAUUCGAUUUUUAAAAUCAGGUUGACUGGAAAAAUUUACAUUUCCAAAUAAACAGUAAAACUUUUUUCUCCAAAUGAUUUUGUGAUGAUUAAGUUGGGAUUAUAUGCCAGAAAUGUGUUAUUAGUCUGAUCUCAAUAGUGUACUCAUACAGUGUAAAUUGAAUGUUUAACUUAUCUUGUUUUACCUCACUUCUCAGCUGUGAAUGGCCAUAAUAUAAAAUAUUUCUAAUUCUUGUUUAUCAUUCCCAUGUGGUCAAUAGAACAUUGUCUCUUUAAUAUAAAACAUAAUUUACAAAAUGUUUUAAUGCAGCUAUUUGUUGUAUAUCCAAUAGUUAACAAUUAUUACAAUGUUAGAUAAAAACACAUGAAAUUGAUAAAUAAGUAGUUAAAAAAAUUCUCAUGUUUUCCUGUUCACUGCUUUAAAAGCAUCAUUUCAUCUUGUUAAUAGUUAGCUGUAUAAAUGAUGAUUUAGAAACAUUUUUAUUGUGGCCACAUUGAUAAUGAUAUUUAUACUGUGUUAUAAUAAAACACGCCAAUAUUUCUA